UUUUUGGCUUCUGUAUAAAAUCAUAUCAAAACACGCGUGCAAAUGGAUAAGUAAUUUAUUUGAAUUUCGUUACUCAAUCAGCAAACAACAAUUUCCUGUGGGGAAGGAAAAUCAACUUCAAACGGAAGUGGACAUUUCUUUAAAAACUGAUUUCUGUAUACAAAAUGAAACUCAGUAUUGUGACGAUAGUUUUGGUCGCCAUUACAGCGACAUGUGGACGAGUGAGAGGACAUCCGGGUAAAGUUACAACGAAUGUCCAACACACAGAAGCUGAAAACCCUGACGAAAAUGGUUUUUGGCAGGAGAAAAUCUCCUGGAAGCCUCGAUGGGUGAAAUAUUGGCGCCAGAAAGCUGUUUACAUUCCACUUUGGAAGAAAGUCUGGGGACCAGUUGUUCAAAAAGAAUGGGUUCCAAUACCCAAGCCACCACCAGAUUGGGCCCCAGAAGAUGAAGAGGAUGAAAAAGAAAAGUGGUAGACUUUCCUAUGUGCAUACAAAUAGUUGUUAAUUAUAAUUUAGAAUUAACUUAAUUUAUUAUUUAGCUUAAGUAUGAAAAUAAAAAAAAGAAAAAAACUCGUAA